GACCUUUCGUCGAAUGCAUGCCCAUUCAACGUUGAGCCGAUUUGAGUGCUAUUUCAACAUGAAAUUUUUGAUUCUGUCCUUUCUUCUCGUAUCAAUUUGCUCUGGAGGUGGUGGAUUCCCGAUUCAAAUGUUGACAAAAUGUGGAAUUUCAAAAGAAACCAUUGAUGGCGUUCAAAGUGUAAUCGACGAACAUUCGGCAAUGAUUAAAAUUGCUAACUCGAACAAGCGUGCCAAAAAAACCGAAAUCGAUUCUUUGAAGGCAGAUAUUGAUUUAUAUUUAGAUGAACAUGCAUCUGACGACGACAAGAAAAGAUGGAUUGAGUGCUUCACAAAGAACAACUCCUAAUUGUCUUGAUUUUUCACUUUUUUUUUGAAUAAAAAAUUUUAACGUGUUGAUAA